GAAGUUUGGAGCGGUGUGGGAGGUGGCGUUGAGGCCGGGCCUGGGGUGGGGAGUCCGGGUCUCUGUGGGCUGAGCGGUGCGGGCUGUGCCAGCGGCUGCGGAAGGUGUUUGCUGCUUACCACCCUUCUCUGGACUUUCGUUAAGAACGGGCAUGGCAUCCAUGGAAGAAAACUUUCCUCGAGGGGGAAUCCAGAAGAAGCCUACAGAGACAACAGGAAAAAAAGCAAAACCAAAGUUUGAGCAGGAUAACUUGUUUGAUAUUCACCAUGAAGAACAAACGCAGAAAAGAAAAAGGAGCGAAGGGGAUCAUAGGAAGCAGAAGAAGUUCAAGGCAGACAAAAAGGCUCCUGCUAAAGACAUUGCUAUUGAACCACUCACAAUUCAGGAGAUCUGUGAGGGGAUGCUGCUCCUUGGUUGUAUAAAAGAGGUCACUUUCUUUGAGCUUGUCAUCAGCUUGCCCAACGGACUUACAGGAUUUGUGCCAGUCACGCAGAUCAGCGAUGCCUACAGUGAAUUGUUGAACGAGCAAGUGACCCAAGGGGAGCUGCUGGAGGAUUUGAAUUCUCUCUCAGACCUGUACUCUCCAGGGAUGUUGGUCAGAUGCGUUGUGACCAGUGUUGAGAAAAGUGCCGAUGGACGUCGGAGUAUCAAGUUGUCCAUCAACCCUAAAAAUGUCAACAAAGGUCUGAAUGCAUCAGCACUAACAUCAGGCAUGCUGCUCUCUGGAUUUGUGCGUAGUGUAGAAGACCAUGGCUACCUCAUUGAUAUUGGAGUCAGAGGGACUCAUGCUUUCCUUCCUCAUCAGAAAGCCCAAAAUUACAUCAAAGCAGUCAAGAGAGGGUCGGACUUGAAAAUAGGGCAAAGCCUGAACUGCCUCAUUGAGGAAGUAAAGAAUGAGGGAAGAGUGGUCCGUUUGUCUGCUGAUCGAUCAGAGGUUGCUGCAUCCAUUGCAACAGAGCAACAGAACUGGACACUCUCUAAUCUACUGCCAGGGCUGGUGGUAAAAGCUCAAGUGCAGAAGGUGGCUCCACUGGGUAUCAGUCUGACCUUUCUGUCUUCCUUCACUGGUAUUGUGGAUUUCAUGCACGUGGACCCAGAGAAAUCCACAAAUUAUUCUCCAAAUCAAGUGGUGAAGGCUUGCAUCCUCUCUACCCACCCCACCUCCAAGGUGGUGCAUCUCACUCUGCGGCAGGCUUUCCUCUGCCCUGGAGGAUCCCCAAACCAGCUCUCCAACGAUCGCAUAGGGGCGGUAGUGGAAGAGUCUACAGUGAAGGCUUUCUACAAGCAGUUUGGUGCUGUCUUUGAGCUUGAUGAUGGCAUGCUUGCAUUUGCACGGUUGAAACAUCUAUCAAAAACCAGAAAAUCUUUUAAACCUGCAGCGUUCAAAGCUGGAUGUAAGCAUAAGUGUCGGAUCAUUGACUACAGCCUGAUGGAUGAGAUGUGCAUAGUAUCUCUGAAGCAUCAGAUUAUUGAAGCUCGUUUCCUGCGAUACCAAGAUAUUCACACGGGGGAUGUCAUGCAGGGCAAAGUAUUGUCUCUGAAACCCAUUGGGAUGCAGGUGAAAGUUACUGAUGGAAUUAAAGGGCUUGUGCCAUCCAUGCAUCUUGCUGAUGUGAUCCUGAAGCAGCCUGAGAAGAAGUACAACGUAGGAGAUGAAGUCAGGUGUCGGGUGUUAGAGUGCAAUCCUGAAGAAAAGAAGCUGUUCCUUACUUUAAAGAAAACUCUUGUGCAAUCAAAGCUUCCAGUCCUCUCCAGUUAUGAAGAUGCAGAACCAGGUCUGAUCACACAUGGCUUUGUGGUGUGUGCAAGGGAAUUUGGCUGCAUUGUGAAGUUCUACAAUGAUGUCAAAGGUCUGGUACCCAAGAAUGAGCUGAGCUCAGAGCCCAUAUCUUGUCCAGAUAAAGUCUUCCAUGACGGCCAGGUUGUUAAAGUAAUGGUCUUAAAAUGUGAGCCCCAGCAGGAAAGACUCUUGCUGUCCUUCAGGUUAUCAAGCAAGCCUGUUCCUGAAGGCAGAACUGAGUGUACUCCAAAGAAGAAACAGCAAGUGAAAUAUCAAAUAGGAGAGAUGGUUGAUGUGAAAGUCUUGAAGAAGAAUGAGAAUGGGCUCGAGGUUUCUAUCUUAGAAGAUGGAGAUGAUGUGAUAGCCUGGCUUCCUACAGGGCACCUCUCUGACUUUGUUGCUAACUCUAAGCUCCUGUGGCAUUGCCUUCAAGAGGGAGAUGUCUUGCCCAGAGUUAUGUGCCUGAGUGACAAGGGGGACCGUAUUAUCUUGUGCAGGAAGUCUGCAGUGAUUUCUGCUGUACAGGAAGAGCAAGUUGUGAGAAGUUUCUCUGAAAUCCAGCCUGGGGUGCUGCUGACUGGUUAUGUGAGGAAGGUUAUGCCCUUUGGAGUGUUUGUGGAGUUCCCUUUUGGUGUGACAGGACUGGCACCUAAAGUGAGCAUGAGUGACAAGUUUGUGACAGACACCAAGGACCACUUUGUGGUGGGACAGACUGUAAUUGCAAAGGUGAUGAGCAUCGAUGAGGAGAAGCAGCGUGUGCUCCUCAAUCUGAAGGUGUCGGAGUGCAGCUCUGGAGAUUCAGCUGCAGAGAGCUUUUCACUGCUGAAUCAGUAUUUCAAGGAGAUGGAGGAAAUCAAGAACUUGUUGAGGAGAAGAGAAGAGUCUGGCUUGGCCCAGUGCCUUAGUGAGCUGGUGCCUGGGAAGGAGCUGCAGCUGGUUGUGCAGGAUGUGAUGGAGGACGGCUCAGCACUCUUCAGUGGCAGCUGUGUCAGAGGCUGGACUGUAACAGCUACUCACUACCACUUGGGAGGCAAAAAAGUUGUUCCUGGUGAGAAAGCAAAGGGACUGGUUCUUCAUGUGGAUGCCAUCACAUCCAAGGUGUAUGUUUCUCUUCGAGAAGAACUCUUAAAAAAAGAGCCAAGCAAGUAGCGGCUCACAAAGAACUCCCAGCACCCUGCCAUCGUGCAGCACAUAGCAGAAGAGUUUGCCAUCGUGUCUCUGUUGGACUCAGGCCGGCUGGCAGCUGUCCCCAUAGCCUCUCACUUCAAUGAUACCUUCCGCUUUGACUCAGAAAAAAUGAAGGUGGGACAGAGAAUCUAUGCAACCUUAAAAACGGUGAAGGCAAAUGAUCUUGGAGUCGUGUUAGCAGUACAAGACCCAACGAAGAAGAAUGCUUUUGUAAGGGACCGGAAGGAGUCUGAGACAGCUUUAGAGGAGACACUUGCUGCUGCUGUGAAACACUCUCUUUCCCUGGGUGAUAUUGUUACUGGUACUGUUAAAUCUGUCAAACCAACGCACGUCACAGUUGCUAUUGAUGACAAAUUGACGGGUUCAAUCCAUGCAUCCCAGAUUCUGGAUGAAGUGCCCAUAUACUCUUUUCCAACGUACACUCUGAAAGCUGGACAGAAGGUGACUGCCCGGGUCAUUGGAGGCAGAGAUGUGAACACUCACAGGUACCUGCCCAUCACCCAUCCACACUUCACACGGUCUGUUCCAGAGCUCAGCAUUCGACCAAGUGAAAUAGAAGGGAAAGUUGAAACAAUGAGAGAUGACACCUGUGAGAAACUUGGACCCUACAAUGUUGGACAGACAGUCACCUGUUUUGUGAGGAAGUACAAUAUCCUGAAAAACUGGCUGGAGGUAGAAGUGGCCCCUGAUGUUCGAGGAAGAGUUCCUCGUCUGCUGCUGUCUCUGAACACCAAGGUCUUAAAACAUCCAGAAAAGAACUUCAAAAAUGGCCAAGCGUUAUCUGCUACAGUGACUGGAACAGAUGCCACCGAAACAAACCUCUUCUUGUCGCUCACAGGAAUUCAGUCACUGGAACCAGGUACCAUCACUGUAGGCAUGGUAGCAAAAAUGAUUCCUCACAUUGGUUUGACCAUCACUCUGCCAGGUGGGAAGACUGGCAAAGUCAGUAUCUUUCACCUAAGCGAUAAGUACACAGAGAGUCCUCUGAGUGACUUCAAAAUUGGCAAAGUUGUCAGAUGUUACAUCCUCUCCAAUGAGAAUGGCAAAAUCCAGUUAUCUCUUCGGCAGUCCAGAUUAAACCCAAAGAACAGCAGCAAAGUGGAGGAUGCUGAAAUAACAAGUAUUAAGGAUGUUAAAAAAGGCCAGCUAUUAAGAGGCUAUGUCAAAUCAGUUACUCCGUCAGGUGUAUUCUUUGGCUUGUCUGCUUCUCUUCUGGGCCGAAUCCUGUUCCAGAACGUUUCCCCUUACUUUGUACAGAAACACUCCUUGUAUGAGAAAUACCUGCCAGAGGGAAAGCUGCUCACUGCCAAGGUCCUUGAUGUAAAUAAAAAUGAAAAUCAUGUUGAGCUCUCUCUCCUGCCUGAGGACACUGAGAUGCCAAGCGUCUUGCCUGAAUCCCUAGGCUUACCACGCUAUGGUGCAGAGGAAGAGAAAAGAGAAGAAGAUAAGGAGGAGAAGAAGGAAAAGGUUAAGAUGAAGAGAAAACAGAGAAGAGUGAACUCUGAGAGUGAGCAGGAAGCAAAGCCAAAAAAAAGGAAGCUUUCUCCAUCGGAUGAAAAUGACAGUGGAAUUGAAGUGUAUUACCGGGAAGAAGAGGAUGGUGACCAGGAGGGAGAGGCAGCUGAGAAGAAAUCUAGGAUAAGGAAAUGUGGUGAAGUUUCCAGGCUGCAAGUUUCCACAGGCUUCACCUGGGAUGAGGACAUAAAUGCAGUGGAAGUGCCUGUACUGAAUCAGAAGGAAGAGAGCUCGGAGAGUGAGGAGGAGGAGGAGAAUCUGCAGUCUAAGAAGAAACAAACAAAGAAGGAGAAGGAGCUGGAGAAGCAGAAGAAGGAGAAAGAGCUAUGCAAAUUAGAGGCAGCCCUGAUGGACCCCAGUCGUCAGCCCCAGUCAGCAGAUGAUUUUGACCGUCUGGUGCUGAGCAGUCCCAACAGCUCCAUCCUCUGGCUGCAGUAUAUGGCUUUCCACCUCCAGGCUACUGAGAUUGAGAAGGCAAGAGCUGUGGCAGAGAGAGCACUCAAAACAAUCUGUUUCAGGGAAGAACAAGAGAAGCUGAAUGUCUGGGUUGCUCUUCUAAACUUGGAGAACAUGUAUGGCACUGAGGAGACACUGAUGAAGGUCUUUGAGAGAGCUGUUCAGUACAAUGAACCUCUGAAAGUCUUCCAGCAUCUGUGUGAUAUCUAUGCCAGUUCUGAGAAGUACAAGCAAGCAGAAGAAUUGUACCACACAAUGCUGAGGCGUUUCCGUCAGGAAAAAUCAGUGUGGCUGAAGUAUGCCUCUUUCCUCCUGAAGCAAGGCCAGACUGAAGCUACACACAGGCUUUUGGAGCGUGCUCUCAAGGCUCUACCUACCAAAGAACAUGUGGAUGUCAUUUCAAGGUUUGCACAGUUGGAGUUCCGUUUUGGUGACCCAGAACAUGCUAAGGCCCUUUUUGAGAGCACCCUCAACAGCUACCCGAAGCGAACAGAUAUCUGGUCCAUCUACAUGGACAUCAUGAUCAAACAGGGCAGCCAGAAGGAAGUACGGGACAUCUUUGAGAGGGUCAUACACCUGAACUUAGCACCAAAGAAGAUGAAAUUCUUCUUUAAGCGCUACCUGGAUUAUGAAAAGAAAUAUGGUACAACAGAAACUGUCAUGGCUGUUAAGACAGCAGCACUGGAGUAUGUAGAGGCCAAGAGUUCCCUCGCUGACACCUAAACACAGCGCAAAUAAAAGCAGAGAGAAUCCACUCUCCAUUGCAAAGUGGGAACUGAGAGGCGUGGAGUUUCCAUGGACAGUGAAUUUCUGAAGAGUAUUGGUCUAUGACCGAACUGAAGUAGAAAGAUCAAACAAUCUAAAGAAUCUAAAGCUUGCAGAUGUUUGCAGCUCUGUCUGAAUGUUACAAAUAAUCUUUGUCUGUUGAUGACUGAAGACAGUUUUAUGUACAAAUCGUUUUAUAAUCAGUAUAAACAUCACCCCUACCUGGUCUACUUUCCUAUGGAAA